GGGAAACGCAAUGGUACGGUCAAAGAAUUUACUCCAUGGCUAUUCUGAUAGCUUUUGGCCUAACACAGGACUCAGAUGUUAUAUGCGCGAUGAAAUGAAAAGAGAUGCAAUGAAGAUAUUACAAAAAGCAAUGAAUCGUUUUACAGAGGAACGUGAGGUUGCAUCUUUCAUUAAAUCUUACUUUGAUUCUCAUCAUCAUACACAUUGGCAUUGUAUUGUUGGAAAACAUUUUGAUUGUUCCGUGGCAUUUGAAGCAUCGCAUUGUAUUCUGUUGCGUGUUGAAGAUUUUUUGGUUUUAUUAUUUAAAUAUGGUUAAUUUGAACCAAAAGAUUACUUACUAAUUGUAUAUUCGACUCAUAUUUAUUUUUUAUAAUAUAUUAUUUGUAAAUUUACU